CCAUAGAGUCCUUCAGUAUUGCAACUCAAGGCUUGAAUUUUUUCUUCAGUUCUUUCAGCUUGAGAAAUGCCAAGAGUGUUAUUCUUAUUUCAUUUUCUAACUCCAGAUCUUUGCACAUUUCAUUGUAAUACUUUACUUUGUCUUACUGAGCCACUCUUUGAAAUCUUAAGUUCAGCUCUUGUACUUCAUCAUUUCUUCCUUUCGUUUUAGCCACUCUGUGUUCAAGAGCAACUUUCAGAGUCUCUUCUGAUGUACAUUUUGGUCUUUCUUUUUUUAAUGACCUUUUGAUUUCUUCAUGUAUGAUUUUCUUGAUGCCAUCCCAUAACUCAUCUGGAUUUUAGCUAUUAGUGUUAAAUGUGUCAAAUCUGUUCUUGAGAUGGUCUCUAUGUUCAGGUGGGAUAUACUCAAGGUUGUACUUUGGGUCUGUGGACUUAUUUUAAUUUUCUUCAGUGCAACUUGAACUUGCGUAUGAGCAGUUGAUGGUCUCUUCCACAGUUGGCCCCUGGCCUUGUUCUGACUGAUGAUAUUGAGCCUCUCCAUCAUCUCUUUUCACAGAUGUAGUCAAUUUGAUUCCUAUGUAUUCUAUCUGGUGAGGUUCACAUGUAUAGUUGCUGUUUAUGUUGUUGAGAAAAGGUAUUUGCAAUAAAGAAGUUGUUGGUCUUGCAAAAUUCUAUCAUUUGAUCUCUGGUGUUGUUUCCGUCAGCAUGGCCAUAUUUUCCAACUACGAGGCCUUUGUUUCUGUCUUUCACAUUCCAGUCACCAGUAAUUAUCAAUGCAUCUUGCUUGAUUGCAUGUUUGGUCAAUUUCAGACUGCAGAAGCUGGUAAACAUCUUCAAUUUCUGGUGCUUUGGCAUUGGUGGUUGGUGCGUAAAUUUGAAUAAUAAUCGUAUUAACUGGUCUUUCUUGUAGGAUAUGGAUAUUAUCCUGUCACUGACAGUGUUAUACUUCAGGAUAGAUCUUGAAAUGUUCUUUUUGACGAUGAAUGUGACAUAAUUCCUCUUCCAUUUGUCAUUCAUGGCAUAGUAAAUAUAUGACUGUCCAAUUCAAAAUGGCCAAUACCAGUCCAUUUCAGGUCACUAAUGCCUAGGUUAUCAAUCUUUGUGUUCCAUUUCAUUUUUGACAUAUUAUAAUUUUCCUAGAUUCAUACUUCAUACAUUCCAUGUUCCAACUACUAAUGGAUGUUUGAAGCCAUUUCUGGAGCCCUAGUGACUCAGUGACUCAGUGGUUAAGAGCUCGUCUGCUAACCAAAAGGUUGGCAGUUUGACUCCUCCAGCCACUCCUUAGUAACCCUACAGGGCAGUUCUACUCUGACCCAUAGCAUCGCUAUGAGUUAGAAUCGACUCAACGGUAAUGGGUUUUUUGGUUUGAAGCUCUUUCUUCUCAUUUUGAGUCGUGCCGCAUCAGCAAAUGAAGGUCCUGAAAGCUUUACUACAUCCACAUCAUUAAGGUCGACUCUACUUUGAGGAGGUAGCUCUUCCCCAGUCAUAUUUUGAGUGUCUUCCUACCUGAGGGGCUCAUCUUCUGGCACUAUUAUCAGACAGUGUUCCACUACUCUCUGUAAGGUUUUCACUGGGCAGUUUUUUGAGAAGUUGAUCUCCAGGUCCUUCCCAGUCUGUCUUAGUCUGGGAGGUCCACUGAAAACUGUCCACCAUGGUGACCCUGCUGGUAUUUGAAAUACCAGUGGCAGAGCUUCUAGCAUCAUAGCAGCAUGCGAGCCACAACAGUAUGACAAACAAAAAGGCGUGGUGGUCUUUCCUGUAUAAAAAAAAAAUUCUCAACAUUGGCUGCACAUUAGAACCAUCUGGGGGACUUUUUAAAGUCUUGUUGCCCAGCCUCUACUCCAGAGCAAUUAAAUCAGAAUAUCUGGGUUGGGGCCCAGGCAUCAGUGCUCUUUAAAGCUCCUCAAGUGAUUCCAGUAUGCAGCCACAAUUGCAAACCAGUGCUCUACAGGAACGCAUGAAAUGAAACCUAGGUGAGUGUAUGUGAGUUUCUUUCUCUGAGACACCAUUUGUGCUGCCUACCUAAGGGCUUUAAAGGUAGACAGACCUGGUUUUAAAGUUAAGCUUCACCACUUGCAAGCUGUGUGACUUUGGGCAGAGCUCUUAGCCUGAUGUUUUUGUUUCUGAAAUAAACAAAAUGAGAUUAUGGUAUAAAAUUUCUAGUGCAAAGCAGAGCACAAAGUAGGUCUUUAACAACUACUGGUUUCCCUCUCUUUUUCCAGUCUGCAUAAAAGAUGUACAUAUUUGAAAUUAACAUAGAUUAUAAACCAGCUUUCCCUCUCCGCUUAGCACAACGUAAUGGUGAGGUGAAAUACAUUCCUAACAACAAAGCCUUACUAUUGCAUCAUCAACAUGGAAAUUAACACAAGGUUCAGUUUACUGAACUCCCUUGUCUAAGUGCAGAGGUAAGGCCUCAUACUUUCUAGUGAAAGUCGUGAACUGAGAACUUGAUACAGUUAUAUGAUAAAUUAUACCAAGUGUUAAUUAAGCAUUAGCUAUUUUAACUGCAUACUGAAGGAGCUAUACACUCUUAAUCAGAGGGAUUUUCUUUGUCUUCUUUAAACCAUGAUGUUUAAGCUCAUUGAACAAUACAAAAAAUUCUGAACUUGUCCCUUAAAAAAAAAAGUGUAUAUUUUUUAUUUUGCUUUUGGUGAAACUUGCAGAGCAAAUUAGUUUCUCAUUCAACAGUUUAUGCACAGAUUGGUUUGUGACAUUGGUUGCAGCCUCCACAAUGUUGCAACACUCUCCCCUUCCACAUCCCAGUUCCCCUUUCCAUCCAUCCAUUUUUCCUGCCCCUUCCUGCCUUCUCACCAUUGCUUUGGGGCAGGUGUUGCCCAUUUGGUCUCCUGUACAUGAUUGGACUAAGAAGCAUGUUCCUCACAUGUGUUACUGUUUGUUUUAUGGACCUGUCUAAUCUUUGACUGAAGGGUGAACUUUGUUAGUGGCUUUAGUUCAGAGCUAAAAAGGUGUCUGGGGGCCAUAGUCUUGCGGGUUCCUGCAGUCUCUGUCAGACCGGCAAGUCUGGCUUUUUGGGGUUUUGUGUGUGUGUGAAUUUGAUUUUUUUUCCUCCCACUCUGUCCAGGACCUUCUAUUAUGAUCCCUGUCAGAGCAGUUGGUGGUGGUAGCAAGGCACCAUCUAGUUGUGGGCUCAGGCUGGUGGAGGCUGUGGUAGCUGUGGUCCGUUAGUCCUUUGGACUAAUAUUUCCCUUGUGCCUUUGGUUUUCUUCAUUCUCUUUUGCUCCGGACAGGAUGGGAUCAGUAGAUGUAUCUUAGGUGGCCGCUGGCAAGCUUGUAAAACCCCAGACGCUACUCACCAAAGUUGGAUGUAGAACAUUUUCUUUGUGAGCUUUGUUACACCAAUUGUCCUAGCUCCAGUAACUCAGCCCCUCAGAGUGUUUGGAUGUGUCUGUGAAGCUUCUGUGACUUUUCCUUUGUCAAGUUGUGCUGACUUUCCCUGUAUUGUGCGCUGUCUUUCCCUUCAUCAAAGUUAACACUUUUCUACUAUAUAGUUAAUGAUUUUCCCCUCCCCCUUUAAAAAUAUUUUUACUGUGUUGAGCAACUUGUACUUUUGGGAAAGUUAAUUUCUCAUCCCGGAUGUCAUAGUGUACACUAUAGUGUCUGGAGCUAUGCUUUGCAUAAAACGUGUAGGUGUUUAUUAUAUAUUUGCUGAGUGAAUUUUUCUACCUGAAGGAUUAAAAAAAAAACUGUUGAUUUAUAUGACUUUUUUUUCCCCCAUAUGCUUUGUAAUGAAGCAACAGAAGCUUGAAAACAGUAUGCGUUUGGUUUUCUAAGCUGAUGGAGUGCCAGUCUUUCUUGAAGAGGGCAGUUUGUAAAAUGAACUGUUCCCUAAUCUUCUUUCUCCUGUGAAAUAUGAGGGCAGAGGUCGAGAUCAUGAAAUGCACAUAGGGAUGGCAGUAAUUAAGAAAAGGAAACAAAUGGGCAAGCACACAGUGGGAGAUAGUACAUGAAUUCUGCCUCGUCUCCAGCGUUCAGCAGUUCUGGGAAAGCACCUCAGCAGUUCUUGGGGUUCUUCAGAUUAGUAACAACAAGCAAGGAGUGGAGCCCUUAAUCCUUUCAAGUGAAUGAUAAACACUGUGGAAGGCGUGUCUUCAAGUGCUCCACUCCCUUGGGGCUGUAGGUCACGUGAGCUUGAAGUACUUCCUGAUUCCCAGCCACUGUCUCCAGUAGGCUGUGAUCCCAGUCCGAACGGAGGACUGCAAGGAAGAGGCAGGCAGGGAAGACGGACUGGAAGGAAGUUUAAAUACAGAAAGGGCAAAGUAUUUCUAGUUAUAACAAUGCCAAACUUUACCGUGACUAAAGUAGAGGACCCAGAGGAGGGGUUAGCAGCUUCGGUCUCCCAAGAGGAGGAUCCCAACUUAGCAGGAAUAAACGCCCGGAUUCAGAAUUCAGGUGAACCAGACCCGAGUCAGAACUCCAUCACAGGGGAACACAGCCAGCUGUUAGAUGAUGGACGUAAAAAAGCUCGAAAUGCUUAUCUCAAUAAUUCCAAUUAUGAAGAAGGCGAUGAAUAUUUCGAUAAAAACUUGGCACUAUUUGAGGAAGAAAUGGACACCAGGCCAAAGGUGUCUUCUCUUCUCAGCCGCAUGGCCAAUUACACAAAUCUGACACAGGGAGCAAAGGAACAUGAAGAGGCAGAGAACAUUACUGAAGGGAAAAAGAAGCCUACCAAGACCCCCCAAAUGGGUACCUUCAUGGGUGUCUACCUCCCAUGUCUACAAAAUAUUUUUGGAGUGAUCCUGUUUCUACGCCUUACCUGGGUGGUGGGCACAGCAGGAGUUCUUCAGGCCUUUGCAAUUGUUCUUAUCUGCUGCUGCUGUACAAUAUUGACUGCUAUCUCCAUGAGUGCCAUUGCUACCAAUGGAGUGGUACCAGCUGGGGGCUCAUACUUUAUGAUUUCCCGGGCACUGGGCCCAGAGUUUGGUGGGGCCGUUGGUCUCUGCUUUUACCUUGGCACCACAUUUGCAGCAGCCAUGUAUAUCCUUGGCGCCAUUGAAAUUUUUCUGAUGUAUAUUGUCCCCCGGGCUGCCAUCUUUCGCAGUGACGAUGCACUCAAGGAGUCAGCCGCUAUGCUAAACAACAUGCGUGUCUAUGGCACAGCCUUCCUGGUACUUAUGGCAUUGGUGGUGUUCAUCGGCGUACGCUACGUGAACAAGUUUGCCUCACUUUUCCUGGCCUGUGUCAUUGUAUCCAUCUUGGCCAUCUAUGCUGGAGCCAUCAAGUCUUCUUUUGCCCCUCCGCACUUCCCGGUCUGUAUGCUGGGUAACCGCACCCUUUCAUCAAGACAUAUUGACAUUUGCUCUAAGACCAAGGAGAUGAACAACAUGACGGUCCCAUCAAAGUUAUGGGGCUUCUUCUGUAACUCCAGCCAGUUUUUCAAUGGCACCUGUGAUGAAUACUUUGUUCACAAUAAUGUCACUUCAAUUCAGGGCAUUCCUGGAUUGGCUAGUGGUAUCAUUACAGAGAAUCUUUGGAGUAAUUACCUACCAAAGGGAGAGAUCAUUGAAAAGGCCUCAGCCAAAUCUUCCGAUGUCUUAGGCAGCUUAAAUCACGAGUAUGUCCUUGUUGACAUCACCACCUCCUUCACGCUUCUGGUGGGAAUCUUCUUUCCCUCUGUCACAGGUAUCAUGGCUGGAUCAAACCGGUCUGGAGAUCUGAAAGAUGCUCAGAUGUCUAUUCCCAUUGGCACUAUCCUCGCCAUCCUGACCACCUCCUUUGUCUAUUUAAGCAAUGUUGUCCUUUUUGGUGCAUGUAUUGAAGGAGUUGUUCUUAGAGACAAGUUUGGGGAUGCUGUGAAAGGUAAUUUGGUGGUUGGUACCUUAUCUUGGCCAUCCCCAUGGGUAAUUGUUAUUGGCUCCUUCUUUUCAACAUGUGGGGCUGGACUUCAGAGUCUCACGGGUGCACCAAGGCUGCUACAGGCGAUUGCCAAGGAUAACAUUAUACCGUUUCUUAGGGUUUUUGGUCAUAGCAAAGCCAAUGGGGAACCUACCUGGGCUUUACUUCUAACUGCUGCCAUUGCAGAGCUGGGAAUCCUCAUUGCCUCCCUGGAUCUUGUGGCCCCAAUCCUUUCCAUGUUUUUUCUCAUGUGUUACCUCUUUGUGAACCUGGCAUGUGCCUUGCAAACAUUACUUCGAACACCUAACUGGAGGCCCCGGUUCCGCUACUACCACUGGGCCCUCUCUUUCAUGGGAAUGAGUAUUUGUCUGGCUCUGAUGUUCAUUUCUUCCUGGUAUUAUGCCAUCGUAGCUAUGGCGAUUGCUGGUAUGAUCUACAAAUACAUCGAGUACCAAGGAGCUGAGAAAGAAUGGGGUGAUGGUAUCCGUGGGCUGUCCCUCAGUGCAGCCCGAUUUGCUUUGCUUCGGCUGGAGGAAGGGCCGCCACACACUAAAAACUGGAGGCCUCAGCUGCUUGUAUUGCUGAAACUAGAUGAAGACUUGCAUGUCAAGCAUCCUCGCCUCCUCACUUUUGCCUCACAGCUGAAGGCAGGAAAGGGCCUCACAAUUGUGGGCUCUGUCAUUGUGGGGAACUUCCUGGAGAACUAUGGCGAGGCUUUAGCUGCUGAGCAGACCAUAAAGCACCUAAUGGAGGCAGAGAAGGUGAAAGGAUUCUGCCAGCUGGUGGUGGCAGCCAAACUGAAAGAGGGCAUUUCCCACCUCAUCCAGUCAUGUGGCCUUGGGGGCAUGAAGCACAACACAGUGGUGAUGGGCUGGCCUAAUGGCUGGCGCCAGAGUGAAGAUGCUCGAGCAUGGAAGACUUUUAUUGGCACGGUUCGAGUGACAACUGCUGCCCAUCUCGCCCUGCUGGUGGCCAAGAACAUUUCCUUCUUUCCCAGCAACGUGGAGCAAUUUUCCGAGGGCAACAUUGAUGUGUGGUGGAUUGUGCAUGACGGAGGGAUGCUCAUGCUAUUACCAUUCCUACUCAAACAGCACAAGGUGUGGCGAAAGUGCAGCAUACGGAUCUUCACAGUAGCUCAACUAGAAGAUAACAGUAUCCAGAUGAAGAAGGACCUGGCCACCUUCCUGUAUCACUUGCGUAUUGAAGCAGAGGUGGAAGUGGUGGAGAUGCAUGACAGUGACAUAUCAGCUUAUACUUACGAGCGCACGCUGAUGAUGGAGCAGAGGUCUCAGAUGCUCCGCCAAAUGCGACUGUCCAAGACAGAGCGGGACAGAGAGGCACAGUUGGUGAAAGACCGGAACUCAAUGCUACGAUUGACCAGCAUUGGCUCAGAUGAGGAUGAAGAGACAGAGACCUAUCAGGAGAAGGUGCACAUGACUUGGACAAAAGACAAGUACAUGGCAUCCCGGGGGCAAAAAGCCAAGUCAAUGGAAGGAUUCCAGGAGCUGCUUAACAUACGUCCGGACCAGUCCAAUGUGAGGCGGAUGCAUACAGCAGUCAAGCUCAAUGAGGUUAUAGUUAACAAGUCCCACGAAGCAAAGCUGGUUUUGUUGAAUAUGCCAGGGCCACCCCGAAACCCUGAGGGUGAUGAAAACUACAUGGAGUUCCUAGAAGUGCUCACCGAGGGACUUGAGCGAGUCCUCCUUGUCCGGGGUGGUGGUAGCGAAGUGAUCACCAUUUAUUCAUAACCUGCCUCUGAACAACUCUGCUUGGCCGCACCUUUCCAAAAAGCCUUCCAUCCUCCAUGGAAGCGCCAGCCCGUUACUACACUGCCACUCAACUAGAGGCCUGUGUUCUGUACACAUCACACUGAACUCUUAACAAGCGGAGCCUCAAGUACUUGUUCAGAAGGGUACAAACAGAUUAGCUCUUUGCUCCCAUGUGAUGCUCUUCAUAGAAUACUUCCUCAACAUCAAAGCAACGGUCAAGUCCUAAAAGCCAUGUCUGUACCAGUCAAAGGCAAGUUGGAAUUAGCAAGCUAAACCAAUAAAACAAAUCUGUAAAAGGGUUGCUAGAAAUUCACCUGAAGACAAAAAGCAAGCACAUAUCCAACAGUAAAGAUGAGUCUCGGAAGUCCUGGUUCAAUGAUGACACCAUGCAGUCAGAGAUACAGCCUCAUCAUAGUAAAGAAUUCAUGGCCAAAUAUAUGGGACCUAAUAUCCUUGUGGAGAUAACCUGUGGCAAGUCAAGAUGGAAAUCUACUAGCUAAUUUUCUUUAGUGUACCCAUUGCUCUCUAGGACUCUAAAUUUUGUAUCAGGAUACUAAUGUACAAAAACUGAAAAUUGGCUGCAGCCUCUACUUCCUCCAACCAGGUUUAAGUACAUAUAUUAUGUUGAUGUGUAUUUCAGUUGUCUGUUUCUCUAACUCAAAACCCAUUCCCUAGUUAAGAUUGUAACAUAGGCAGCGUUACAAUGGAAAUUGCUUUUUUAAAGGUAGAUUAAGAAUUCUUUCAGGUUUUUUUUAAAAUGGUUGAACUAAGGGAACUCCAAAAAGUAGCUAUUAAGAUUUAUGGAAAUACAGCCUGUGGUUAUGUAUGUGACAUGGGCAAAAUAUAUAAGUUGUUGUGUAAGAAAUAUAGGUCAUGACGAACACAGACAACAGGUUCUCCUUUUCCUUCUCUUUUAUGCCCUCAGGGUUAGUCAGCAUAGGUAGAAAAAUCACAGGAACAAACACAAGGAGGACUGGCUAAAAUCUUUCCCUGAAAGCUUUGGCCUGUCUUUUAAAGGGGGGAGUCCAGCAAUGGAAUUAGAAGUCCUAGAGCCACACUCUCUCCACAGCGCCAGAGUUAGUGAGCUGCUGCUCUCCUUAGCUUUGUCGCUAAAAUGAAGUGUGAAUUGGCAUUGGCCUAAUUCAAGAAACUUUUCUUUCACUGAGAAACCUGUUUGUGGUCUCAUCUCCAAAGCCACAGUGAAGAAAAUGCCGAGAAUAUGAGCAUUUUUCCCUCUUGCUUCCAACUUUAUUCUCCAUUCUGACUGCAGAAACUUGGCCCUGAACUGAGAGAUCACCCAAGCCGGGGGUCUUCUGCAGUUUCAGUUUUGUUUUCAGAAAACUCUGUCUGUGCCGAGGAGAUGCUUCUGUAAGCUCAGUCCACCACCGCCACCCCCAGCCCCCCCACACGAAGGUAACCGUCAUAAAAUUCCUGGCUUUCAAGCAUAGGGAAGCUACCCUGUGUGGCUGAGCAGUCAUUUCAAGUAUGUACUGAAUCUUCAUUUUACAGGAUAGGUAUUUAGAGAAACUUAUCUUCUUGCUAUAUUCGUGGCUGCUUUUAGAUUUUGCUUUAUUACUGUUAGUGCCACUCUUCCUUAAUUUUCCAGUAGGAUAUGGAGCAAGCGACCUAGUUGCCAGCAGAUUGUUCAUCUGACCUUUAGGGACAGAGAGAAAAAUCCCUCAGUAUGGCUUAAGAAAUUGAGUCACUUUGAUUUGUUCCCUUUGCUCUUCUUUCAACCUCCAGGCCCACUUAGGGUAGCAAAGCAGAUAGAGUCUUCACUUAUUUUUUCCCUUUCUGCUCCUUCCAGCAGAGGGUAGAAGCACCAUUUAUAACUCUUACUGCAACACUCUGUUAUUGAGUACAGCAGUAAUGGGACAGGUCCCCUAGGGUCCAGGAUCUUGAAGGUCAGUCUGCACAGGAAUUCCCCUACAUUUUCACACAUCACUGGCCAAAGUGGUACGUACAGUCCCCUCCCCCUACAUACAGGACAAAAAUGGUCAAAAAAUAAGGUUAGUUUUAGAAGAGCUCUUUGUGGUUGGAGCUCGUUAAGAAUCUUUUAAAGGGAUAAGGGAAUCAGUGGCUGUUAACAUAGGCACAAUUCUACUUCAGUCCCUAAAACACACAAUCACUGUUACAUGGAAGAUGGUUAUUAGGCCAGAUUUAUACUCAUCUCUGUCUAGAGCAUUUCAGGUCUCUCUGUGCUGCUUGCAUUGUCUGUCUGCAAAGUGUCUUGUCUGUCUUAAUCACUGCAAAUAAAGCAAUACCGAAAACUUGAUGGGGAAAUGCACCUUUGGGGAAGGGGCUUUGUGUUUCAAGAGGGAAGAGAAAGACCGCAUCCUGCCUUUUGAGUAAGAUCAGCCAGCUUUUAAGUCUCAGCUAUGACUUUUACCAGGGCAGGUAUACCUUUAAAAUGCCUCAGAUUCCUGUGGCCCCAAGGAUCCCACCAAUCCUCAUUCCCCCUGAACAUGUUAAAAAUCCAUUAUUGUGGGUAUUAAAAGUAGUAAUUACACUGUAUGCAUAUUUAUGUGCUCAUUCCGUCCAGUUUGUUUUUUAUCAUGUAGUCUGAAUCCAGCCAUUAGUUUCUCACAUCUUCCACAAGUGUCUGCAACAGAAUUUUUAUGUCCCAUCUUGUGUUAAAUAGAAGUGAAAUAUUAAGGAAAAUAGAUUUAAGGGAAACACGUGCAACAUUUUUGUUCAUAAACCACUUAAUUUAUUGAGAGGAGAUGCUGCUGUUGUUCUUGAUUUAGCGGCACCCAUUCUUUUGUUUACAGAGUUAUAGUUUUAUUUGUUGUUUUGCUCUGUGCUGGAAACAUAAAUAAAGUUUUCUACAUUAUUUUCAGUCAGGUUGUGGUACAGUUUCUUUGUGUUUGUAGUUAAGAUUUGUCUCCUCGCCAUAGAGAAAAGAGAGCUUUUGGGCUUUUCUCGGCAUGAGUGACAUUUUUAAGGUGAGUAUGCUGAGGAGGAAGCACUGGGCCUAAAGAAGUAUGUAAAUGAGAUCCAAAUCCCUAAGGUGCAGGUGCUUCUUUCUUGGGUUCACAAAAGCAAUCCCCCGCCACUGAACUCCAUUCUCUGAAACGAGAAAAAGUAAAUAGGUAUGUGGUAUAAGCAUACUGAAAUAAUUUCCUGAAUCAGUCAUUUAAUACUUUAAUCACAAGCUCUAUUUUGCCUUAUCCUUAAAAAAUGACAACUCCCAAAGUCCUAAUGGCCCUUAUUUCUUAAGACCUGAUCUCUUAAUACCAACUCCAAUUCCCCACCAUCAAAUGGUCGAGCCGCUCACUGUGUAUUACAACGGACUAAAAUUUAACUUUUCUUUUGCCUUACCUCAGGGGGCUCGAUGAAGGCUAACCAAUCUGAUGCAUGUGUAGGCAACAGUCCCAUGGACUGACACUUGUAAACAGCCAAUGCCAAACCCAUGAGGUUCCCAAUGAGGUAAACCAAACCCUGAAGAAAUUUCUGGCUUGAACUUUCUAACAUCUUGAAAGCUGUUGAGAUAACAGAAGGUAUCAAAAACCAAAACAACUUUUUUUUCCUCAAUAUGAAUCAAGCUAACUAUAUAUUAAAACAACAUAGACAGACUCAUAGUAAGAUGGCAAAUAGGAAAAUUAAAGGCAAACAGAGAACCAUGAUAAGCACUGUUUUCCCUCCAUGCCACCACCAUUUCCACCACCCUGCACAACCUCCCCCUGCAGCUAGCUAAGAGCUGUCCAAAGAUUUCCAGUAUGGAUUCUGCCUAAGAAUUUGCUUUUAAUUCUUAAAACUUAGGGAAGGGUUAUUAUUUCAAGAAUACUUACUGGCUGAAAUGGCCAUAAGUGCCUGAAUAGGUCUCCAGGCCAUCAUGCACACCAUCAUAGUAGGAAAGAUGGAGAUAGUAUUGCCAGCCAUGUACAUGAUGAAGAGGUUCAUGGGAAUCUGUUUGAGGGGACCCAAGGCGAUGUCCCAGCAGCGCUAAAACAAAUAAUUUUAACCUCUGGUCACUAUCCUCAGUCCCACAUUUACUGUACCACUGAUGUUAAAGUCAUAAACAAAUUUCCCAAUUCCCUGUUUCUGAUUAGCUAACUCCUCAAUUCCACCACCUCUUCCCUUCUCUCCAUGUUGCUGCAGGAAACUCUUCUUCUAAAGAUCAGACAUCCUCACCAUCCUUUAUGUUUUUCCUUGUAGGUUUUCCAGAUGUCAUUUUUCACCCUGAUUUUGACUAAAGAAAAGAUUUCCCUGGUUUUGUCCUUAUACUUGUGCAUCUACAAUUGAAAAAACAGACAAAUCCAUAAUCAUAGUGGGAGAUUAACAUAUCACAAUCAAUAGAAUAAGCAGACAAGUAAGGAUACCGAAUACAUGAAUGGCAUUAUCAACAAACUUAACCCAACUGACACCUCUAGAACACUGCAUUCAACAACUGCAGAAUUCACAUUUACAAAAACUGACCACUUGCUGAGCUGUGGAGAAAGUGUCAAUAAACUUCAAAAAACUAAAAUUAUACAAAGCGUAUCUUUUGAUCACAAUUCAAUUAAGCUAGAAAUAAAGAGAUAACUGGAAAAUCCCCUAUGUUUGGGAAUUAACAAAUGUACUCUAAAUAAUCCCUGGAUCAAAGAAAAAAUUACGAUGGAAAAUAGAAAUAUUAAAUGACAAAAAAAAAAAAAACAAAAAAACCACAUAUAAAACUUGUAGGACACAGAGCUGGCCUGAGAAAUUUAUAACCUUAAAUACAUAUUAAACCAAACUCACUGCGGUCAAGUUGAUCCAUCUCAAGAAGUUAGAAAAAGAACAAAUUAAAC